UUUGACGGUCCAGUUGUCGCAGGAUGUUUGCAGCGGAGCUCGCGUCAAAUUUCAGAUUAAACCUCGUCAUUUGUCUGACGGCCCCGUCAGGCCCAUGCGAGUUGUCAAAACUCGAGUUCUACGUCUCCCCGACCAGAAGGUGCGACGAAUUUGUUCGGCAAGAGUGCCGUCCUCCGAGACAGAGCGCCCCGGCCGGCCAGCGGCGCUUCCGAUAUCAGCACCUUCCAGCUGGAGCUGCUGCGCCGCACGAAGCAGCAGCUAGAUUUCCUGAGGGGCCAGGCCGAGUCCAUCAAGCAGGCCCUCUUCGACGCCGUGGACGACGAGGACGACAUGGACCAGCUCGUGGAGGCCGUCGGCGGCGCGGCCAGGGAGGAGUGGGAGAUGUGUUUCGAGUACUACCUGCACUCCGCGGAGGAGAUAGGCCUCGAAGCCACGCGCCAGCUGGAGGCGCUCGAGGAUUUGGAGACGUCCAUGUCGCUGAGUCUCAGUUCCAGGAGGCUGGAGCUGGAGAAGCUCGGAAUCUACUUGGACGUGAUCGGCAGCGGCCUGAGCUUCGGUGCCCUGCUGACCGGGGCCUUCGGCAUGAACCUCAUGUCCGGCCUGGAGAGCAGGAGGCUCUUCUUCUGGCCCGUGUGCGCCGGGAUCGCGGUCAGCUGCACGGCCCUCUGCGCGGCCAUGCGUCUGGUGAUCCGGCGCCGGCUUCGCCGCCAGAGCGCCUCCGCGUUGUGGGUGCCCCGGGUCCGCGCGAAGAGCAAGUCGAUGUGAGUUGCCCUCGCGCGGCGCGGCGCCGCGCCGUCUUCCCGGACGGCGUGCAGAACUCAGGCGCUAGGCGUUUUGAGAAAAGGGA